UGAGGACGUGCGCAUAGACUCGGGAUGGCACGCUUGCAUGGAGCGGCGCCUUUGCGAAUUCGUCCCUACCAUGGCAGAGAUUAUCACGGCGCCGCCGCUGGAGGUGGCCUGGCACCUAACCUGAAACUGUUCUCGAGAUGACUGUGCGGAAUUGCAGUGAGGAACAAGGCGAGGGGACAGGACCCACUGGCAGGAUGAGCGGAGAGUGGCCAAGUGAAGGGCAAGAGCCAGGCUUCAGCCAGGCACCGAUUGGUGGGAGGCCCGCCCACCGCCGGCCCCGUCCGACAGAUGCAAUCUCGGGCGCCUCCGUGCCAAGGCCGGCUCCGUGAGUGCCUCGGUCACGACGUCCAUCCUCGUACCGG